AUGAUGGUGUUACCCUCCUGGAAUAAUAUUUUUUUCCAACCGUGUACAUGGAUACGUGAUCCCCAAGGUCAACGAAUUUUAAUCAAAGUACAAGAUAUUCCAUUAUGUGCCGUUAAUGAAUGGUUAACAUAUGUUUUAGGAAAAGCACUUGGUUUGCCUAUGAAUGAAGUACAGAUUGCAAUUUAUGAAAAUAAUUUAGCAACUUUACAUACUGAUGCUCAGAAUGAAAAUGAAGAAACUAUUAAAUUUAAAGAUUUACUAAAGAAAAAAGGACAAAUACUGCUGAGCAAAUCAAUAAUGGAACAAAUGGAUAUAUUUGAUCAUAUCAUACAAAAUGCUGGUCGUAAUCAAGGAAAUAUUUUAAUAAUAAUACCAAAAACAGUUAGUAUUGAUGAUGAUAAUGCAAUAGAAGCAAAAAUACGUUUAAUCGAUCAUUCGAGCAGUUUUAGUAUGGGAAGAGUUAGUGGUAUCAAUACCAUGGCCGCUAAGUUUCAUAGUAAUCAUUUGUCAGUAGUUAAGUUUGAUCCAAAACAGAAGUCAAAACAGUUUGAAGAAUAUCUCAACAAACUACCGAUAGAAGAUCGGCCUUUAAUCAGUAAAACAUUAAGUCGUUUUGCAGCCAUUACUAAUGAGCAAUUUGAUAGCUGGAUCACUGAAAUACAAGAUUUCUUAUCGUCUAGUCAAUAUAAUCGUAUAUAUUGUGUUUUACGCCGACAACGAGACAUUGCAAAACGUUAUAUGGCUCAAUGGGAAUAUUCUUCAAAAAUCUUCAAAUCUAAAGUCAAACAAAAUAGUGGAAAAUACUUCAAAGACAAAUGA